AUGAUGAAAACUGAGAAAGAAGAUGAAUUUGAUAUUGUCAUUGCUGUUGAGACAAUGCAGAAUAUAUACCUGAAAGAUGAUUCAGAACCUGAUAUCAUUAAUCCAUUCACUGGUGACAGAAUGUGGCAGCCAGAACUGUUUCAAGUUGAAUAUCUUAAACAAAUUGAUUCGCCAUUAAAGCUGGAAAUUAUUGAUCCAUUCACAAAACUUAAAGCAGUAGUAACUCCAGAUGACAAGCAUCAACCAAUUGAAUGCGAUAAUAUAAAUGAUAGUGACAUUUCGGAUGAUGAUGGAGAACAUAGUACUAUUGAAUUACAAUUGAUGUCUCUAUUUGAAUUCAGUCAAACAAGCCCAUCUGAAUUACGUAGCAUUGUUAUUGAGAAAGUUGAUAGACUGAAGCUCUUUUCAUUAACACGUCAAGGAGGAUUUCCUGCCAUGAUGAGGCCUGUCCUAUGGUUCAAACUGAGUGGUGCAGAACAAAAAAAGAAUGCAUCUCGUUUUUCAUAUGAGAAAUUGAAUGCGCAAGCUAAUACACAGCAAUCAUUAAGAGCUCGUAGCCGGACUAUACAUCUGACACUAGCCUACUCUAGCAUCUUUGAAAAUAGCUCAUCCAAUCCAAUGAAAGCAUUGAAAAAAAUAUUGAAAACACUGUCCUAUCUCUAUCCUGAUGUUGUAAUAUCCAACAACAUCUGCAAUAUAACUGCUUUUGUUCUUCUUGUCUGUCACGAGGAGAUGACCUUCUGGAUUAUGUCGACCAUUAUCGAAAAUCUCAUCCCAACGCAAUAUUUCAGUUUGAGUGAAUUAGAUGUGGAAGUUGACAACAAGGUCCUUAUUGAGCUUAUGAAGAUACAUGCGCCUGAAUUGUUGAAUCUAAUAAAGAGACACGAUGAAUUGUUUGAAGAUGCAUCCAGCCGGUGGUUCAAUAAUUUAUUGACUACAACUCUACCAGCUGACUCUCUCCUGAGAUUUUUGGAUCUGUUCUUCAUCAAGGGAUCGUGUGUUGUUUUCCAGGCUGUCUUAAGUUUAUUGAAACUGAGGGAGCGAUCUUUGAUAUCUGUCAUGAAUCAAGAGAAUGUACAUGACCUUCUGCCGUUUGAAUUGUUUACACUAGGAUUCUCGUUCAAGAAAAGGAAGAACGCAACUUUCUUUGAGUACAUGGCAUCGUUUGAGUUCUCAGUAACGGAUGAUACUAUUCGAACCAUGAGAACGCAGUUGAGAAGUGUACUCAAAGAGAAGAAGGAUUUAACUGGUGGUGCUUCAUCUCAUUUAGUCAAGAGAUCCGUUGUGCCAAAAUCAAUGUUUGACAAUGUAUUCACAGACUCCUAUAAAGAGAAGAACGAGCAGAUGCGUUCAAAGAAUAUAGUUCAGACAGAGAUAAUGAUUAAAGUCAAAAACAGUGUUAAGAAAGUAUUAGAGUAUUUUGAGAAUAAUCAUCCUGAGCCUUGGAAUAUCAACUAUAAGGCUGAUUAUACGAAUAUAACUCUUCAAGAUGAUAAGAACGUUUUCUUGCAAAGACGUGGUCGAGGUCCUAGGAAAGCUAGAGCUAUUCUUGAUUUUGCCAGACAAGAUGGUGAUGAUCUUGGAUUUAGAAAGAAUGACAUUAUAACCAUUAUUAGUGAUAAAGAUGAGCAUUGCUGGGUUGGUGAGAUAAAUGGAUUACGUGGAUGGUUUCCCGGAAAAUUCGUACAAAUUUUAAAUGAUCAGGGAAUGCAAUACGCAAAAACAUGCGAUGGUUAUAUUGAUGCUGGAUUUCAAGCUUUAGUCACAUCUCAAGUUGUAUCUGCGUUAGAGACAGUCUUCUCUUAUGGAAUGAAACACAGAAUCUUUGGGAAUGUUGCUCAUCCAUGGGAUUUCUUAAAUUCUUUCUGUAAAAGUGUUAUAAUGGAGCAUGGUCGUAAAAUUUUGGCAAAAAUCUCGUUGUCCAACUCAUUUCGGCUGCAAGAGGAUACUAGAACAUUCAAGUGCUUGGAUCCUCUUGAUUUAUUACUUCAUUACUAUAACUUAGUGAUUAAGAAUGAACAGAGAGGUCCAUUGGAUAAGAAUAAGCGAUUUAGAACAUUAAUAUAUGCUGGAUUGAAUGAGCAAUGUCUGCAUAUAUGGAUGGAAUUGAUUUGUACUUUGCCUGAACAGGAAGCUAUUCGUGCUAAAUACUAUGACAACUCAUCCAUUAUCCGUAGUCCUGCUUGGAAAGAGAUCAAAUGUGAGCUGCGUCUACUUAUGCAAAUUCCUAUUGUACUUCGUUUGAAUUGUGAACUAGCUGAAUCAUCUGUUAGAUCGUUAUCCAGUACUGAUGUGCCAAGGGAGCGCAUCUGGAAAGCUCAACAACUGAAUAUGCAAUCAAAUCCAGCAUCAUUAGUCAAAGACACAACCGAUCUGCUUAUGAAGCACUGCCUCUAUAGUUGGGAACUUCCAUAA